AUACUUUUUUAUACAAAGAUUCCUUCUCUGCAUAUAAUAUGUAUUAUUUUUUAUAACUCAUAUUAGACUAUUUCAAGAUCAAAACUGAUAAAAGACGGAACUUAUAUAAAGUACGAAUUUUUCAAAUAGCAAUACUACACCUAGCGAGAUUACUACUCUACUAUACGCUACCGCACUAUACAAGUCUAAAUAACUAACUGAAACAAGUAUUUCGUUUUAGAUUUAAUGAUGGAUGAUGAAGUAGCAUUUCAAAAUGAAAAAGAUGAAAAAGAAUGGAUAAGACUCUUUCCAUCAGAUACUGACGCUGUUUAUGAAUCAUUUGAAUUUAUCAAACGUUUAUUUAUAAUAACAUUAUCAACAAUAUCAUCAAAUCGUAAUUUAUUUUCAUCAAAUUUUUAUGCACAAAAAAGACUUGGUACUUUAAACGUUCAAUUGUUUGAUCAUCAUUGUACAAAUGUUGAACAAACGGCAAAAACAGCAAUUAUAUUCGAUUGGAUCGGUGGAAUAUCACAAACAAUUGCUGAAAAAUAUUUAAAGAUGGCCUCAUUUAUUAUCGUAUCGAAAGAUGUUGAACAAUUUAUACUGGAAACAUUUUUAUUUUUAUUUUCAUAUCAUGAUGAAAAUACGGAUAAUCAUCAUAAAAAAAAUUUCAAAAAAAAUGAUAUACGAAAACAAGUUGUUAUUCAUUAA